CUCAAAUUUACAGUAUAAAUUAGCACCCAAAACAGACAAUAAACGUCAUCCUUUUGCCACUAACAUGAAUGCUUCAACUUCACACUUCACUACCACCCAACACAUGUCAGACCUAUUUAUUGCCUCCUAUCCAUUUCCCACCUCACCGCCCUGCAGCGUUCACUCUCUCUCUCUCUCCCCUGCCCUGCUGCCUCUUCUCUCUCAAGAAUCAAGAACAUGCUGGGGCGCAGGGGCGCCACCAUUGCGGCAGUGGUGUGUGCAGCUGUUGUGCUGCUGCUCGGUGAUGGCUGCGCCUCCGCAGAGACGGCGGUGGAGGACAAGAUCGUCGGCCUGCCGGGGCAGCCGCCGGUGGGCUUCGCGCAGUACUCCGGCUACGUGACGGUGGACGCCGCGAGGAAGCGGUCGCUCUUCUACUACUUCGCCGAGGCGGAGGCGGAUCCGGCAGCCAAGCCGCUCGUGCUCUGGCUCAAUGGAGGACCUGGCUGUUCAUCUGUGGGAGUGGGGGCAUUCUCAGAGAAUGGACCAUUCAGGCCUAGUGGCAAUGUGCUAGUGAGAAAUGAGUUUAGCUGGAACAAAGAGGCCAACAUGCUGUAUCUGGAGAGCCCUGCAGGGGUUGGCUUCUCCUACUCCACUGAUCCUUCCUUCUAUGAGGGUGUUGGUGACAGCAUGACAGCCAGAGACAAUUUGAAAUUCUUGCAAGGCUGGUUUGACAAGUUCCCACAGUACAAGGGCAGGGACUUGUAUAUUACAGGAGAGAGCUAUGCUGGGCACUAUGUUCCACAAUUAGGGCAGCGCAUGGUUGAGUUCAACAAGAAAGAGAAGCUGUUCAAUCUGAAAGGCAUUGCUCUUGGUAAUCCAGUCCUCGAAUUCUCUACCGAUUUCAACUCGAGGGCCGAGUUCUUCUGGUCGCACGGCCUGAUAUCAGAUUCAACCUACGACAUCUUCACUUCAGUCUGCAACUACUCGCGGUAUGUCAGCGAGUACUACCAUGGCUCCCUGAGCACGGCCUGCGACAGGGUGAUGAAUCAGGUGACCAGGGAGACCAGCCGGUUUGUCGACAAGUACGACGUGACCCUGGACGUCUGCAUCUCUUCAGUCCUGAUGCAGUCCAACAUCCUCACCCCACAGGUAAUCAGGAUCGCACGCAGCACUCAGUGUUUUGUGUAUCAUCAUGCUCCUGAAUGUUGUGUUCAUCAUGCGCAGGCGAGCAGGGAGCUGGACGUGUGUGUCGAGGACGAGACGAUGAGCUACCUCAACCGGAAGGACGUGCAGGAGGCGAUGCACGCGCUGCUCAACGGCGUGCAGAGGUGGACGGUCUGCAGCAGUGUUCUUGAGUACAAGCAGCUGGACCUCCAGAUCCCCACCAUCAACAUCGUCGGCACGCUCGUCAAGUCCGGCAUCCCCGUGCUGGUCUACAGCGGCGACCAGGACUCGGUGAUCCCGCUGACGGGGAGCAGGACGCUGGUGCGGCGGCUCGCGGGCAGGCUCCGGCUCAACACGACGGCGCCGUACCGGGCGUGGUUCCAAGGGAAGCAGGUCGGCGGGUGGACGCAGGUGUUCGGCGGCGGCGCGCUGUCCUUCGCCACCGUGCGGGGCGCGUCGCACGAGGCGCCCUUCUCACAGCCGGAGCGGUCGUUCGGGCUCUUCAGGGCGUUCCUCGCCGGCCGGCCGCUGCCGGAGUCGUUCGAGUGACAAGGCUGGCGCGGCUUUGCAUCGACGGACGUCCCUUCGUGCAUGCUGCACACUUGUAUCAUUGUAUGCAUGCGCCUAACGCGGCUUUGCAUGUGUCUUGAGAUUGGCAACGCAAUCGGAUUCUUCUCCAAGUGCAAUCAGACAUCCUUGAAUGGAAGGAGAUCGUGUUGGCAGAUGUGAAGA